AUGACAAGAUUACUCAAUAAUCGUUCUGCUGCAGGUGACAGCAUUGCCAGGAGACAUCACACAGGUCAUUUCAGGCAUUCCUCAGCUGAGAUUUGGGAUCCUCAUCCCCAGUAUGAGUUCACUGCUUUUGGAAGGCUCUUUCGAUUACGUCUGACACACGAUAACAGCUUCAUCUCUCAAGCGAUCAAGGUGACACACAUGACUCAAAAUAAAACAAAGUGGGAGCCACCGGGUCACCAAGUUAGCUGUUUCUACACUGGAGUUGUCGACGGUGAUCCAAAAUCCGUCGUCUCUGUCAGUCUCUGUCACGGAAUG